UUUGCCGCAUCGAGGCUACUGCGCAUGCGCAUUACUUUCACUUCUUCUACCGACACGUGUACUCAGGUACACUAUUGAAUGUGCAAUAUAAAACCAUUACGUUUAAUUGUCGCCAUUUGCUUAUGAUCCUGUUAACCUAGUUGGCAGCUGCAGCCAUGUAUCGUUCAUUUUCUCCAAACCUGGUCCGACCCAACCUGCCCUUGAGGAAGCCCUCAUCCAGCCCCAUGGCUCUGUGCACCCCGAGGCCUCCUGCUCCUCCAGGACACCUCUCCGGGCCCGAUACAGCAACUGUGCUGCCCGCCUCAGGUGCCAUUGGAGAGGACCCCAAGAAUCCACCAGUCUGCAUGGAUCAAUCUGCAGUGUUAGGAUCCAUACCACCAGCACUGACUGUAUAUUUCUGCAACUACUGUGGUCAGCAAGGAAAUUUUCGGUGCAAGCGCUGCAAAAAGACGCCUUACUGCUCUGUGACGUGUCAGACAGAAGACUGGAAGGCACACAGACACAUGUGCAAGUCCAUUGAUCCAGAACCUAUAAAUGAGAAACUUAAGGAAACCACAGCUUUGCCAGUGACAGGAGACACAGCUGGCCUGCUUGAGUCUAAGCAAGGUGAUGCACCCAGCCUCCAGAGGGUCUAUUUGAAGGACUUGCAAAUUACUAAAAUCAUCAAGGGAACUGACAUCCAGGGAUCUGUUGUAGAGUUCUACAGCCCCGGCAGGUUUUUCCUUCUUGCCCAAAGCCCUGAGCUUCUGGAAGCUCUGCAAAACAUCAGCACAGAGCUUAAGAAAACGUACAGCUGCCCAUCAGUGACGACGUACGUUCCCCAUGUUGGAGAGGUCUGCGCGGUUCAGUUCUCCUGUGAUCUGAACUGGUACAGAGGCCUGGUCCAGACUUUGGCUGCUGACCAGAAGAUGGCUAAUGUCCUUUACAUUGACUUUGGCAAUGAAGAGGAUGUCCCUGUGGACAGGAUUAAGCCCCUGGCUGCUAAUAUCCAGCCAUUUUGUCCAUGCGCGAUGGAGUGCUGUAUCACCGGGGUGGUUCCAGCGGCUGGUAACUGGUCAUGCGAGUGCUGUAUUUCAGUGAAACAGCUGUUGGCUGGCAAGACCGUGACUGUUAGGCUGAUGGAAACACAAGAAAAUAAUCGCAUCCAUUCGGUGGAUAUCCUACUUUCAAUGGGGAAGAAAUUGAGCGCAUUCCUCCUUGAGCACGGUUAUGCAGAAGAGGAAGCCGUCAACAUAGCACCAACUCGGCAGGAAAUAAACGCCUUGGAGACUGCAUCUUUGGAAAACUUCAGGCGUCUCUCUGAUGGGAAGGAUGACAACAGCUGGGCUCAGCCACCAGAGCCCCUGACUCAGGCAGUGGGUGACUCCUUCUCUGUUGUGAUCACCCACCUCCAAUCACCCAGUGAAAUUAUUGUACAGAAGGUGGAGAACGCUGGAGUGAUUCAGGAGUUGCAGCUGAAGCUGAGGGACCACUGCUUUCAGGCCACGCCCCCUCAGAACUUCAGGCCGGCCCCUGGCACAGUUUGCUGUGCACAGUUCUCAGAGGACAAGCAGUGGUACAGGGCUAAGGUUCUUGGUUAUUCAUCAGAGGAACGCGUCUGUGUCGGCUACCUCGAUUUUGGCAACUCUGAGGAGGUGGAUUUAGGCAACCUGCAGCCUAUCAGCACUUCACUACUGGCCCUGCCAAUGCAGGCCAUGCCUUGUGUUCUAGCAGGGGUGCAGCCAGUUGGGGAGAGCUGGUCAGAAGACUGCCUGCUGGCUCUGCGCCGAAGGGUAUCCAACCGAAUACUGCGCAUUGAGAUCCAGGGCGCACACGAUGACAAAGCUCUAGUGGCCAUGAUUGAUGAGGCCAGCGAUCCUCAGGCCAACGUAGCCGAGCUGUUGAGCUCUGCUGGUUUCGCUGCACCUGCUCCUCUUCCAGCCGGUGGUGACCAGCAGGCUGACCGGACAGCAACUGCUGCUGUGGAGCCACAAGAGCCUGCCCCUACCUGUGAGACUCUGGUGUGGUCUUGUACUGAGCUUCCCUGUGACGGCCAGACAGUGGCACUGCUUGCUAGUGUCGUGGAGAACCCUGGAGAGUUUUACUGCCGCAUCAACAAUCCUACAGACCAUCAGCGGCUGAUAGAGCUGGGGACUGAGUUGAAACGGCAUUGUGAGGCAAAGGUGUCACCUUUUGAGCCCAAAGUAGGGGAGCCCUGUUGUGCCAUGUUUCCUGGUGAUGGAGAGUGGUAUCGGGCUAUGGUUAACGGGCUGUCUGAAGAAGUGUCUGUAUACUUUGUGGACUAUGGUUAUAGCAUGAAAGUGGAAAAGAAACACCUUCGAUCCGUUGCAAACCGACUUCUGACUCUACCCUUCCAGGCAAUUCGCUGCUGGCUCGCAGGUGUGGAGCCUCUGGGAUCGGAGUGGAGCAGUGAAGCGCUGUUGUGGUUCCAGACUCUGGUGGACGGCGAGCAGCUCUCUGCACGAGUCCUUUCUGUCACUGCACAAGGUUACGGUUUGGAGCUGGAGGGCAGAGGGCAGAAUGUGGCAACAGCCCUCAUUUCUGAGCAACUAGCCAAACUUCCUGGAGUACUACCCACAGAGACACAUGCAACCACUGGCUCUGGACACAAACACCAAGAGCAAAUAGUUGCGCAUGCCUCCAACCAGACAGGAGCCGGUUCCAAAGAGAUGCCAACCGAGGGGCUGACUGCAAUGCCAUCACAAGCCCCGUGUUUCCCUGUGGACUGGAAGACAGUGGAGCUGCCUCUCAACGACACUUUCCAGCCUUGUAUUGCUGCCGUCACCAGUCCUUCCCUCUUCUACCUGCUAAGUCCCAGCCAGGUGGACCAGCAGAAGCUUCAGGGGGUGAUGAUGGAGCUGGCCGCCUACUGCAGCAACAUUCAGGCCUCUUUAUCUUCCAUUGUCCUGAGCAGACCAGCUCCAGGGGCUGCAUGCUGUGCCCAGUUCUCUGCCGACAGUAACUGGUACCGUGCGGUUGUCCUGGAGGUCGGUGAGAAUGAGAUGAGCGUCAUCUAUGCAGAUUACGGCAACUCUGAGAAGGUGCCUUUCUCCCGUGUCUUGCCCAUCCCCAUGACUCUGCUGCAGCUCCCCUUUCAGGUCACUCGUUGCACCCUCACUGGUAAAGAACAUUUCCCUGCAGAGUUUCCAGAGGAAGUGCAGCAGAUGUUUCAUAGCCUGCUGUUGAAUGGCGUCCUCGCCACUGUCCAGUCCUUCAAUGGCUCUGAAAACGUUCUCUCACUCACUCUGCCCACUGAGAAGGGCGGGGGAAACAUCACCACCAUGAUCUUGGAUGCACUACGGGCCAUGGCCAAGAGUAGUCCUUGCAGAUCCAACAUGCAGAACGUUGACCAAACUGACAGCAGUGCGUCUGCUGCCAGCAGUAAAGCCGUGCCUGACUGCCCCCUGCCCAUGUCCAAAUCUGAAACCCAAAAGGGGCUUGAAAAUACAGCAGCUACCACCGGCCUAACCACAAACCCAGAGCCAGCACCCCAGACUCCCCGGCAGAAAAUAAAUGCAUCUGCUGUGACAAUCAACGAAGAUCCAGUUAAGAAGAUUAUUGAGCAAAUGGAGCCUCCAUGCAAAAUAUCAAAUGAUCCUCAGACAUCUGACUGCUGCUGUCUGAAGCUGACGACAAAGAUUGACCGCCUGGAACAGUUGGUGCAGCAGCAGCUUUCUCUCAUCACACUGUUAGUGGGGCAGAAAAAAUACGAUUAACCAAUUUCAAAACUGUAUGGUCUUAUUGACAAACUUGUUAAAAUCAAGCCUCUUGUUUUUUUUUUUAUUUAUUUCCGGCCAUGUUUCUGAAUAUGGACUCCCAUAAGCAGCCAUUCAGCUUGUAAUUUUAAUUUUCUCACCUUUAUUCCAGAAGUUGCCAUCCAGGUUUUAAUUUGACUUCCUUUAGAGUGAAUCUGUUGUUUACUGACCAUUCCCUUUGUUCAGGGCUUUUAUGGUUUUAACUUGUGGUUAAAUUCCAGUACUUUAUUAUGUUUUAAUACUUCUGGAGGGUUUUCAUAUAAAAAAAAAAAAUCUUAAUGCACUUAUUAGGUUUGAGUUGCCAGAAAACUCUGCAACAAAAAAAUGUUUAACCUCAAUUAACAAAAGUGUGUGUGUGUGUUUGUCUCCUGCUGUGCUGCCAUCUGUUCAGUUUGGUUUCAGUCCUGUUCACCUGAUCGGUUUAUGUUCAACAUGUGUUUCACUAUUUGCAUAAAGGUUCUGUGACAGUGAAGUGAUUUUUUUAUUUUGU